UCCUCCUCUGCAAGUAUCCCUUCCUCUCUCUCUCUCUCUCGCUCUCUCUCCUCCGCCUUUUCCUUUCCUUGUUUGAUGAUCAUCAUCGUCGCCGUGUUUUUCUCCUUCUUCACAACCAUCUUCUAAGCUUUGUCUUGCUCUCUCUGUUUCUACUAGGACUGCUAGGUUUUGGACUUGAAAGAACAAUGGAGCUUGUGCAGGAGUUCUUUGUCACAGCCUCUCUUGCUCUUUUCCUCUCUUUCCUUGUUGCUAAGCUCGUUUCCAUGGCUAUGGCCACCGACGCUGGCCGUCCGAAUGCUUCUGAAGGGAUGAUCGUCAUGGAGGACCUACAAUUCGGGGAAAGAUUGACGGUUCAGGGUCUCGAAAGCGAGACGAAGGUCCAAGAACUCGUCGAAGAAGAAGCUCCGGGAAAGGUCAACGAAUUUCGAGGCGAACCCGUUCUUCAGGACGGGGAGAUCGUUGGGUUGCCCGAGAAGUCACCGGGGGAAAACGUUGAGGAUUCUGUAGCAGUAAAAGAGAGCUCAGAGAACAGAGUCGGCGUAGAAUCGGCGGCAGAUGACGAAUUUGUUGCGCUAGAGGAUCCUGUUAUUCCUGUAGCCGUAAAAGAGAGCUUGGAGAAUAGAUUGGGCGUGGAAUUGGCGAUAGAGAACGAAGUUGUUGGGCAAUCUGAGGAGAUUAUUGGGGCUGUGGUGAGUGAAGUAGAGGAAAGAAAUGAAGAAAAGGAGGUCGGUCUGGAUAGCGACGAGGAUGAUUGGGAGGGGAUUGAGAGGAGUGAAUUGGAGAAGGAUUUCGCGGCGGCUGCCAAUUUUGUUCUUGAGUCGCCAGGGGAUACGGAGGGUCGCUUGGCAAUGGCUGGUGUUGGGAAUGAUGUGCAGAUGGACUUGUAUGGGCUUCACAAGAUCGCCACCGAAGGGCCUUGCCACGAGCCUCAGCCUAUGGCUCUCAAGCUCUCCGCCCGUGCUAAAUGGAAUGCUUGGCAAAGGCUGGGGCAAAUGAGUCCGGAGGUGGCAAUGGAUCAGUAUAUCAAGCUUCUCUCAGAAAGAGUUCCUGGGUGGAUGGAAGACAAACUUGCUGGAGACGUGAAACCUGAAUCCCUAGAAACCGGAAUAUCCAGUACUGAUGCUCCAGACUUAACCACAUUUUCCCAUCAACCUAGUUAUAUUGAUGAAAGGAAACCAGAUACAAAGACUGUAGCCGAGGAAGGUGAUGAGAUGGGGGGCUCAAACUUUGAGGACAGGGCCAAAGAAUGACAGAGUUGCUCUGUUUAUUGAUCUCCCCAACCACAGGGGCCAUUCUCCUGGAUUUGCUUGACUAGAAGCAGGACUGAUUCUUAUCACCAAGUUCUAAAACACGCUUCCAAGUAUGAGAGGUUCUUGUGCUGUUUACCCUAUCAUUUAUGUGUCCUAAGAUCAUCAUCAUGUGUGUUGUUAUAAAGACUCGUUAUGUAUGUAUUGUGCAUAAGGCUGUGAAUGAAUAUAUAUAUAUAUAAUUUACCUGGAGAUCCCAAAUUCAUUA